CUCACACACACAUUCGCUUGAUGACAGACGGGGAGGGGGAAGCGGAGAGAAGUAAGCCCCGGAUCCAUCUUCAAGAGAGAAAAUAGGAAAGAAAGACCGCGUCCCACUUUUAUUUCGUUUUUAGCGGCACCUUUCCGACUCAUAGACGUUAGGGAGCCCGAGGAGGGGCUGUGUCACUGUCUGUAGGAUGUCCCGACAUGAAGGUGUGAGCUGUGAUGCGUGUUUAAAAGGGAACUUCAGAGGGCGCCGAUACAAGUGUUUAAUUUGCUACGACUACGACCUUUGUGCAUCUUGCUACGAAAGUGGAGCCACGACAACUAGACACACCACGGAGCACCCAAUGCAGUGCAUACUAACCAGGGUAGACUUUGACUUGUAUUAUGGGGGGGAGGCAUUCUCAGUAGAGCAGCCUCAGUCGUUUACUUGUCCUUACUGUGGUAAAAUGGGCUACACGGAAACAUCUCUACAGGAGCAUGUGACCUCAGAGCACGCAGAGACCUCUACAGAGGUGAUUUGCCCAAUCUGUGCAGCUUUGCCUGGUGGCGACCCCAAUCAUGUGACAGAUGACUUUGCUGCUCAUCUCACACUUGAACACAGAGCACCUAGAGAUUUAGAUGAGAGCAGCGGCGUGCGGCACGUGCGUCGGAUGUUCCACCCUGGGCGGGGGCUGGGCGGUCCGCGGGCACGCAGGACUAACAUGCACUUUACCAGCAGUUCCACUGGUGGGCUCUCCUCUUCACAAAGCUCCUCCUACUCUCCAAGCAAUAGGGAAGCCAUGGACCCCAUAGCAGAGUUACUGUCUCAGCUGUCGGGCGUGCGGCGCUCCGCGGGAGGGCAGCUCAACUCUUCUGGGCCCUCGGCCUCGCAGCUGCAGCAGUUGCAAAUGCAGCUUCAGUUGGAGCGCCAGCAGGCGCAGGCGGCGCGCCAGCAGCUGGAGACGGCUCGCAAUGCUACACGCCAACGCAGCAACCCUAGCAACAUCAGCGCCAGCAUCCCGCCGCCCAGCACCGCCACAAACACAGCCAUGACUGAGAGCAACCCGCUGGCCUCCCACAGCUCCCAGUUCCUUCUCACACGGUUGAACGAGCCGAAAAUGUCGGAGGCAGAACGGCAGGCGCUGGAGAGCGAGCGCGCGGACCGCAGCCUGUUUGUGCAGGAGCUGCUGCUGUCCACACUAAUGCGAGAAGAGAGCUCGUCUUCCGACGAGGACGAAAGGCGAGACUUUGCUGACUUCGGCGCCAUGGGCUGCGUGGACAUCAUGCCUUUAGAUGUGGCUCUGGAGAGCCUCAACCUGAAGGAGAGCUCCACAGGCAAGGAGCCUCCACCGCCUCCUCUUUGAUGAUAUCCCACCACAACGCAGACAAUGUCCUCUGUGCUGUAACUGCCAAUGACGGUGGGCAAAAAACACAGCUCUCUCUAAUUUUUUUUUUCCUUUUUUUUUCUUUUUUUUUUUUUUGGUGAUUGUAAUUUCAGGUCUGUCACCUUUGUUACAUUGUAUAAAUCCAUGAAAGGAGAGCGAGAGGGAAAAAAAAAUCGAAAUGCAUCAGAACAGGCGUGUGAGAGAGUGAGCGAAACCGAGAGACACAUAAUCGGGGCGAGAGAGAAAACAAGAAAUAUAAAUAUAUAAAUAUAUAUAAGUUGAUAAUCAAUUCCACAUAACUAAUUUUUUUCCUUUAGCAGGUGAGCGUAGGUAUCUGUGGCAGACCUCUGCUUCCUGUGUCUUGCAAAAGGCUCUCCUUAUAAAUACUCCACAUUCAAAAACUGAAGAGGAAACAAGAGACCUUCUCUAAUGAAGCUGCUGUGUGUAUUUAUGAAUAUUAAUGAAUAAAAGUGCUUGGAUGGUUUACCAUAACUACUGCAUGAGGUUAUUUGCAGCGUGCAUGAAUUUUAAUGACCUUGUCAUUAAAAAGGCAAAAUAUCCCAAA